GUGAAACUCUCCGACCGAGUCUCGCUUUCCCUCACUCGCUAUCGAGACCGUAUGCGAGCGAGUGCGCCAUGAAAGAUUCCGUGCCUGCUAUCGUCGACCAAAAGGGUGACACCAAGGUGCUCCCCGAAGACGACGACCCCUGGGCACCACCCCUGGAAUUCAACGAACAAGGGCCGAGAUGGGGAGAGCUGUCCGGCUCCCAGAAGAUGAGGCGUGUGGCCAUCGGCAUCUCGAAGGCGGUGGCCCUGGUUUUCCUGCUGUGGGCCUUCAUCUGUUCCCUCGAUUUCCUGAGCACCUCCUUCAGGCUAGUGGGAGGACGCCAGGCGGGACGCGUCUUCCGAGAAAGUGAGCUUCUGCGCAAUCCCGUCGUGGGGCUCAUGAUAGGGGUGCUGGCCACUGUAUUGGUCCAGUCCUCCUCCACCUCCACGUCGGUAGUCGUCACCAUGGUCGGAACACACCUGUUGACAGUGCGUCACGCUGUGCCUAUCAUCAUGGGUGCCAACAUCGGCACCUCCGUCACCAACACGGUGGUGUCCCUGGGUCAGGCCUCGGACAGGCGGGAGUUCCGCAGGGCCUUCGCCGCCGCCACCAUCCACGACAUGUUCAACUGGCUGGCUGUCAUCGUUCUCUUGCCGCUAGAGGUCGCCACAGGUUACUUGGAGAAACUGACCGGCGCCAUCAUGGCCUCUGGCGAGUGGCACCAUGCGGAUGGAGGAGUCCAGAAACAAGCCUUCUUGCAGACCAUUACAAAGCCCAUCACCUUGUGGAUAGUACAACUGGACAAAAAAGUUUUAGAGAAGCUGGCUUCAGGACAAUUGAAUGAAACUGAGGAAGUUUCUCUCCUUAAAGCUUGCUCUAAGAAUGGAACCAGAAUACCUUGUGGUUACCUCCUGGAGCGUAUACCUUGGUCGGAUUCCACAUUGGGCCUGUGCCUGUUGGCCGUAUCUCUUCUACUGUUGUGCGGCUGCCUCGUGGCUCUAGUCAAGCUGCUGCAUUCCGUUCUGGGUGGUCCUAUUGCCGCAUUGCUGCGGCGCAUUAUAAAUGUCGAACCACCCUGGCCUUAUCACCUGUUUACGGGCUGGGUGGCAAUGGCUCUCGGGUGCGCCCUCACCGUCCUUGUCCAGUCAAGUUCCGUCUUCACAUCUGCCUUGACACCACUCGCGGGCAUGGGGCUGGUCUCCUUGGAGCGCAUCUAUCCACUCACUCUGGGUUCAAACAUAGGCACCACGGCCACGGGACUACUGGCUGCUUUUGCUGCACCACCGGCCGCUCUAAAAGACACACUGCAGAUUGCCUUUUGCCACUUGUUCUUCAACAUCUCCGGGAUCAUCCUCUUCUAUCCCAUUCCAGCCACUCGCCUGCCCAUUCCUCUCGCCAAAGGGUUGGGCGAGAUGACUAGCCGUUACCGAUGGUUCAGCCUUCUUUACCUCUUGGUCAUGUUCCUCUUACUCCCCGUGUUUGUGUUUGGACUCUCAGCGGCUGGACCGCUAGUCUUCGCUGGCGUGGGAGGACCACUGCUACUGCUGAUCAUUAUUAUAGUGAUGAUAAACGUUCUGCAGCGGAAGCGACCAUCGCUGCUUCCCUUGAAACUACGGGACUGGUCCUUCCUACCUGAGUGGAUGCACUCAUUAGACCCUCUGGACAGAAUAAUCGGACACGUCUGUUGCUGCCUGCAGAGUGAGAGGAGGGACGCCCCAGUACUGGGCCUUAUUCCCAACCAAUCCCAAAUGAACAUCCUCCAGCCCGUUUCGGCGUCCUCUUCAGUGCUCACGCUGAAUUCAACGUGUGGCCCCGAAUACCACACAAUGAAUGGGAUAGAGAACUGCGUCUUCGGAGAGGUUCCAAAGCCCUUGAAGAAGAAAAAGUCCAACAAUAACAACCACAUCGAACCAGACUGGGAUUUCGGGGGAACAACCACUUCCCUGUGACAGUCCCUCGUAUGAGCGGAUAUUUGUCUUGUGAUAAAAAAACUUUUCGAACUUAGAAGCUGUUGUGAUAAGAUUUUUAAUUGUGAAAGAUAUACAGUGUGUGUGACCACAGAGAUUUCGCACACACCCACCCUAUUCAUUCCAGUGUGUGUCUGGACUGUGCAGAAGAGCGCGCGUGUGCUGUUCCAGAGCACAACCUCUCCUGGUAGGUGUCACAGAACAGAUGCUAUUUGAUCGAAGUAUUUCUCUGACGCAUUCAACGAGCCAACAUCAGAUCUAAAAUUUGCAGCAUAGCGCUAAAUGUAAUCCUUCAAAUUUAGAUCAAGAUUUUCAACUACCAGAGAGUAUUUCCAUAAUCAUGGUUCUAUUCCAUCAUCUUUUACGAACGCAUGCAUUAUGAGAGAGAUUGAAAUGAGAUCAAUGAUAGUUUGUUUCCACACCUUUGUGGAUGCAUAACAUCAUGAUAACGAGUGAAAUAAUUCUGAUGAUUCCUAUGUUUUAGGAAUCAUGAGUUGGAAAUCCAGCGUGAACUGUUUCCAAGCUCUGAAGCUUUGAUUAGUGUAGAUUUCUUAAUGACCAAAAUAUUCUAGAUCUGGUUUCAGAAUUAAGACUAUAUUGACGUGUUUAUUCGGCAAUAAUUUCUAGUCUAUCUAGCAGAUUACACCUCUCGAUCUUUUUUCCCCCUCCAAAACUGCUGCCAAAUCUCAAUUUGAUGCAGUAGUAAUUUGAAUUGUACUACCAGACUUAACUUUGAAAUCGACCAGAUUCCAGAUCUAGAAACUAUUUAAGUUUUAGCAUUCCUGUGGGAUCCACGGCUUUACAAAAGUAGAUAUUGUCAGCAAAUGUUGGCAACACUUGUUUUCUGUUCCUACACUACCGGAAUACAAGAUGGCUAUGAAAUCAGAACCACUCCAGGAGAACGUCACCUUUUAAGAAGCAUACAUAGCAAUGACAAUCUGGCAAUUUUUCCUGUCAGCGGCUAAUGACAGGGAAAAUUCUUCGAGCCUGUUACGGUUGCGAAGACACAACACUCCACCUCUCGAGAGAAAACACAAAGUACAUUAUUUUUUAAAUGAGAGACAAACCCAAGAUAUGCAAUUGUAUGUACCUGUAUUAUCCAAUAGAAUUCUUAAUUCUUUGUUAUUUUUUCGUUUUUGUGGCAGCAAGGAAACAAGCUAUGAAAGGAGUUCAUCUUCUAACUUAAGAAAACCAUACCUUCCUCAGUACACCAGUUAGGAAAUCAAACUUUAAUCGUUUAGAUGACUAGCAAUCUCAUACUUAGAUCUAUCAUUAAAAAUCACGUUUUUUAUCAUUUGCUUUUUGCUAUUUAUACCACUGACUACCUCAUAAUUGCAACGACCCUUUAUGAUUCCACCAUGUUAUUGACAGUGAAGGGAAACACAUGCGACCUAUCAAUCAAACAGUUCAGCAAUCAAUUUGGUAAGUUAAAUCGAAAGAGUGAAUAAAUGACAUUUGAAAGACAGAUAAAGUCCGACUAUAUAAGUAAUAAAUACUUUACAGGUUACUCAGUAGUUAUGAGUUGAAAGAAUUGGAAAUGUUCACCAAUAACAGUACGGCAACUAUUUUCCUUCUGUGUCAUCUUUUUACUCAGAUGGUUGGAAAUAACAAUAAAAGAAAUGUAAAUAUAUUAAAAAGUAUUUUAUUUUUUUAAAAAUUGAAAUAAAAAAAUAUUUAUUCCAUUAAUACAAAAAAAGCGUGUCAGUUUUUAAAAUAGAAAAAUACACAUAAUGCAUUAGGUACUCCAAUGUUGUUUAAAAUUCUAAAAUACAUUAUAAUUCUUUAAUUCUGCUUCAAUAAUUCACAUGUAGAAUUGCAUAACAGAUUUUACUAAAGUUAUCAUUUUCAAACAGCGCAGUAAACCAUUACUAAAAUUUAAUUAUUUUUUUUAAUUUUCAAAAUGUUAUCUAGCACCUUUUUCAAAAUUCAAUUUUUUUCUUUAUGUUCAUUAUUGUACAAAAUUGUAGUGGUAAUUGAAUAUAUUACUUAUAUAAUAUGCAAAAUUGUAAAAAAAAAAAAAAAAUGUAAAAAUUAUUAUAUAAAUUUAUAUUUCAAACAAUGUAAUUAUUAAAAAUUAUUUUUAAAUAAUAAAUUGAAAUUAUUAAAAAUUAUUUCAAUUUAUAAUUUAAAAAGCAUUUUUAAUCACGGAAAAUAAUCAUUUAGAAAUUACUUUCUCUGACUUAUGAAUUCCAUUUUCAGUAUGAUUUUCCCUAUAAAAAAUUAAAGGAAGUUACAAAAAAUCGGCAUCUGUUAUUCAUGGUUUUUUUCAAGCUUUUAUUCAUUAUUAAAUCACUGCAAAAGUUAAAAAGAAAUCUCUAGAUUUGAUUACUUACAAAAUGUUUUAUUGUAAAUAAUUAAGAACUGUAAUCAAAGGAAAAAUGACUAUAAAAUUAUCCUAUUUCAAUAAAAUAAAUUUACAGAUUAAUAAUAAUUUUAAUUAUUAAAAUAUAUUGUUUUCCCAUGAACAUUCGUAAAUAAUCACGUUUUAUUUUAAAAUAUGUAAAUAUCCUUUCUCUUUUGACAAAAUGAAUAUUUAUUAAACAAAUGAAAAAAAAAAUCAUGAUUACAACUGUAGAAAAUAAUAUUCAUAAAAUGCAUAUUUAUCUGAGCUUUCUUUUUCAAUUAAUUGCUUCUCAUACAUUUUGCCGGGUAAAAGAAAUAAUUUAGUAGAUUAUUUUAAAAUAGUGGUAUAGUCAAAGCUGCAACAGACUUUGCUUUUUAGAUUCAUUUGCCCUAAAAUAGCAUGAAUAAAAAGAAAAAAUAAUUUUUUUUUUCCUUCCAACAUUACCCCAUUUCCUUCUCCAUCCACUACAUCUAUUAUUAAAAAAAUAAAGAAUACAAUGACCAUAAGUAAUAUUUCAAAUAUUCUUGAACAAAAAAAUUAAUUGUACUUGAAUAUCAAAGGCUUUAUUUAGUGUAAAUCGAGAUUAGUUUCCAAAUCAGAAAUACAACAAAUCACUCUAGUUAAUACAACAAAUCAAAUCGAAUCCGACGUUUCUAGAUCAAUGCUAUAAUCAAUAUUUUCGAUGUCACAUUUUAUGUGCAGGUUCUAUUUCUUUUUCCCCCUCGUUUUUUUAUAGCCUAGAUCAUAAAACGAAUCAUUUGUCUCAUCAUUCAACGCGUCAUCUACGCGCAUGCGCACCUUUGUCGUCAUUUUUCCUGUAACGAUUUUGGAAUAAAAACUGCUCAGAGAAUGAUUCAUAAAAGUAUUUGGUAUUUUUAUAUAAUCUUUCCGUACAAUUAUUUUCAAUUUUCCAUGAAUGAUGUAAUCAUUUUUAUCUAUAUAUAUUUUUUGAAACGAAAGAGAGUUUUUCAAAAUAAAAUUUUUAUUCAUACAAAUAAAUUCCAAAUAUAAUAAAACCAAUCACUACGAUACUCAAAGUUUUUGAAUAAUUUUUUCUUAAUUUCUUUCUGGUUUUUUCUUUAAACGAUGAAUGAAAAAUAAUCAAUGAACAGGGAUCAAUUACAUUAUGAACCAAGUUCUUUUCACUUUUUAGAAUUCUUUCUUAAUCAUUAAAUGCUCGCUUUAAAAAAAAAAUUUAAAUUCAUCGCAAUUAUUUUUUAUAGAAAAAUGUUUCGUUUAAAAGAAUUUUAAAAUUACUUUAUUAAGAUAAAUAUUAAUACCUGUUUCUCAGGCGUUUCUUAGAUAAUUUAAAUUAUUGUAAAAAAUUUCUUGCACAUACAUUAUUAUGAAUGUAGUCAGUGGUAUAAAAAAUACGAGAUAGAAGUUGCUUUUCAACUAAAUAAUGUAAAAUUAAUUAUGAGCUUGCAGUUUUCUAGUAAUAAUCAUCAUUCAUUUUAGCAUUUUCACUAAUUAUGUAAACAUUUAUAGUCAGGUGAAUAUAACAAACAUUCCAAAAGGUGCUUUAUGAGUUUAUUUUUAUUUGGAUCACUCAGGUUUAUUUUAAAAAGCAAGAGGAAUGGAAUAUAACAGAAGGCAAAUUAAAAGCUUCAACUUAAUUUAAUUAAAGUUUUAAUUUAAUUUAAUUUAAGACUGUACAAACUUAAUUUCAUUUUGGAUGUUGAAACUUCUUUUCUAAUUUGCCAAACGAUUUUUUUAAUCAAAGAGAGAAGCUUAUCAAAUCUCAACAAAUAACCUUGUUUAGGGUUACAAACAUAUAUUAAUUCCAUAAAAUGGCAGCACAUAAAACUAUGCAAUGAAAGUGUCUUUCAAUCUUGUAUAUGUUUGACCUUAUUUUGAAAAUAAAGGGUAAAAUUUCUUUUUAAA